AAGGCUCCAGGGUGUAGCCGUUUCCAAGAAUGAGGUCACCUAUGGCAACGCUCAAAGGCAUGGGCGGCGUACUGGCCCUGUGUCUCAUAUUCACCUUGGGGGUGUACUGGUGGCUGGCCAUCCCGUGCAGUGCAGACCCGGCCUGCGCUGUGAGCGUCGCUGCAUACCCUCAAAGGUACCACGCCUUUGUGGCCGUGGGUCUGGGGGUGGUUUUGCUGCGAGAGUCCUUUCUGCUGCUGAUCUCCUGCGCAGAGAAGGCGGCGAAUGCGGAGAAGGCGCCCCGGCAACUCCAGGACAUGGCGGCCAGGGACCUUCUCGCGCAGGGCCUCCUCUCUCUACUCUUGCUCUCCCUGUCGACGGCGGAGACCUACUUGGCAUGGACCUCCGUGCCCUGGGUGCACAGCACCAGCUUGGGUGGCGUGGUCUACUCGGUGCGAUACUUGGAGUGGCUGGUGAACGUGCCUCUGCUGAUGCUCCUCACCUGCUGCGGAGCCUUGGGGCGCCCCAUCUCGGACGCCACAGGCCCAAUCCUGGCGACCAACGCCUACAUCCUGAUCAGUUGGGCCGCCCUUUUCCUGGAGACCGCGGCCCUAAGGUGGCUGCUCAUCGCAGGGACCUUCGCGGCCUAUGGCUGGGCUUCCAGGACAAUGCUCCAGUGGGUGUCCUCCUUUAUGGAAGAUGGCAUCGACACCCCGUGCAGACGUACCCGCGCAGCAUCUGUGGUUCUUCUCAUCGUGGUCUUUGGCAUUUAUGGCGUCAUCUACCUGGCCGGGGUGUCAGGCAUCAUCGACUUUGCUACCGAACACCUGGGGUACACCUUCAUGGGGUUCACCUGCAAGGUGACCUUGAGCAUCCUCUUUGCGUCCAUCCGGGCCUACCAAAACCACCAGGCUCUUUCGCGGCUGGUGACCAAGCUCAGCGGCCUCUCUACCGCCUUCGUGUCUUUGCUUCGAGGCAGCUUCGACCACGUGCUCAGCUGCUCCGUGGACCGCAGCGGCAGCUGCUUCCUCAAGGCCAACGGCCGCGAAGUGGCGGCCUUGAGCCGCUUCCUCGGCAGAUCCGUGAAGGAGGAUGCGGGCACCUUUAAUGAGCUCUUGUGCAAGGAAGAGCAGGAGCUGUUCGCAAACUAUGUCAAGAAUGCUUUGCGCCAGUCGGAGAACCAGAUGCAGAAUGCAACCGUAGAUUUGUCGAAGGAUGCAGAGCCGCCAGUGGCACACGCCCUGCAAGUGCACUUGCAGACUCGUUCAACGCCCGACGAGCAGACGGAGCUUGUGAGUGUCAUGGUGCACCUCUCGCUGGUGCACGGGCCAUGCCACAAGGCGGUCCUGGCCCUUCAGCUGGUGGCACAGGACCAUCCGUGGGCGUUUGACCAGAAGAGCCAGACGCAGGACAGACGUACCGCAGAGAACCUGGAUAAUGACAGCACGCAGCCGCCGGAUGACUCAUCCACGGAAGGACCCGGAGGCAACUUCAGGCAGAGCUUAUCAGGAACCACAUGCUCAGAUUCAUGUGGGACAUCAUCAAUUCACAAGGAGGCCACGGAGGAAGCCUGCGUUGACCAAGUGUACAGGAAAGCCGGAAAGAAAAUUUCCAGGUGCCGGCGACGCACCGCAAAGCUCCUCGUACACUUUCUCGACCGGCGUUUGAGGCAAAAGAAGCGUCCAGGCCGAAAGGAUUACAAGGAUCAUGAGCUACACAGCAGUUGUGGCCGUGACGAAUGUGGUAAGACGAUUGCCAGUAGCUGCAGCUACCAGAAGGUAUCCUUCCAAUGCGGUGGCUCAGACGUACGAUCCCAAUCGUCCCGCCUGUCUGCUGCCAACAGCGUGGUGGUCGCUUGCCGCCAGCUCUUGGGUCCGCUGCAUGACGCGCUGCCGCCAGCGCAGUACAUCAGCAGGACCAUGGAGGAUCACAUGCAAUGCUCCGCGGAGAUGAUCAGGCUCAAAGCCUGCAAUGAGAUGACCAGGCAGUGGCAUAAGCAGCAAGUGGAGGACUGGAAGGAUCGCGCCGAUGCGCACCACACGAGCGUAGUGCUGCAAAGAAGCCAAGCGCCCGCCCACACCAUGCCAGAGCAGUUGUGGCGCAAUGAGGUCUUGGCCAAUCUGGAAGCACCGCACCCGGGUCCCAGGCCAGUGCCGCCUGAUCUGCUUGGCCGAGAGGAGUUGUGGCACAAGGCCUGGAAGCGAACCUACGAGUCAGAUUCAGAGGACGAGGAGUAGCUGAUAGCAGAUGAGUGAGGAUGUUUAAACGAUUUGAAUGCUUUGCAGCCAUCAGAAGUCCCGUCCCAGCGGCGGGCUAUAUGGUUUUUCAUUGGAUCUUUGUCUGCCUAGUAAAUGCAAUGCCUCGUUCAGGGGGGAG